GCUGUUGUUUCUCCUUCUCGAGUUACCAUAUCAUCACCAAAAAAUAUUACAACUACUAACGGAGAUGGGAUUAACGAAACGACAACUACCUUUAACACGAAAACACCAUUUACAUUUUACACAACGCCAACUAUUUUUACUACAUCAACCUCAGCCACUUCUGCUAUGUCACUAGCUAAUUUUACUGCCAAAUCAGCUAAUUCUACAACAUCAGCUACUUAUACCACAGAAUCAGCCACUUCUACUGCAUCUUUACCAAAUAAUGAAUGUAAGUAUGAAAUAAUGCAGAUAAAAACUUUAUGA